AUGAAGUGGCUCGCUUUCUUCGCGCUCCUGGAAACGGCCCUGGCGGGAAGCGGCUGCAACGAGGUUGUGCAGGACUUGGGACCCUGGAUAGAUUCCGCCAGCGUGGAGAAGACCGAGGAGGGCUUUUCUAUCUCUUUGGUGCUCGUCGGGGGCGACGUGGCCGCCUCGUCCACGGAGUCCGUUGAGCUCCUCAUCGGGCGCCAGGCGGAUGGCCACACGAGGCAUUUCGUACUGCCAAAGGCUGCUGCCCGAAAGGGAGGCAUCCUCGAAAUCAGAACAGAGGAAGACCUGCUUGGAGGAGUUGGAGACGGGGGGAGCUUUUCCAUGCAGGCCACGCUCGCUGAGGUCAACGGCAACAAUCACGGCCCCGAAAGCCUCUCCUGUCGCAGCGAGGGAGGGCGUAGCACCUGCCGCCGCACAGAGAAGUCGCCAGCUGGGGGUUCGCCUUCGCCUGCGAUGGCCGGCGAGGGCGGGCACAUGAUGAGGGGCUCUGGCGCGGGCAUGCAGGGUGCAGGCAUGCCGGGAGCAGGCCCCCAACACGAGGGCAUGCACCAAAGAAUGCAUCAGGGGCCCAACAUGCCCAGCCAGCUUUGGACCAAGCCGCCGCCUGGUGAGUGCCAUCCCGACUCUGCACCUUGCCGACCAGGCAGUGCUUGCAAGGCGUCUGGCGACGGCAGCUACAUCUGUGUCAAGGUUGCAGAGCCCGAGACGAACCUACGUCGAAGCUUUGAGAACCCCUCCUCCGGCCACGGCUUUCAGAUGAUGGUGGCCGCGGCACUCUUCGUCUGCCUGUCUUGCCUCUGCGGCGCUCUGUUCCUGCAUCGCUUUGGGAUAAAGCCUGGAGCGCGGAAUGUCGACUCCGUGCCCAAAGUCGCACGCUCAGUUGCCACGUAG